AUGCGGCCUCGUUCGCAACGCAGCAGCGACCGCAAACCGAUCGAUCCACCUCCCAUUGUCAGGCUUAACGUUGAACCGAGGAACUUUGACCGUAGCUUCUACGGCAACCCCGAGAACUGCCUCUUCAAUCCCUUUUGGAUUCUCUACGUCUACUUGAUCAACGCCGAACGAGACAGCAAGCAAGAUCCCGAAGUGUCCAGAAAGGCGCUGGUUGGCACGACCUGCUCUUCCUUGCACAAGUUCAAAGAUACCAACAGCCAUGACGCAGGCUAUUUUGUAUUCGGCGACCUCUCGGUCAAGUUCGAGGGUUGCUUCAGGCUGCAGUUUGUCCUCUACGAGAUGCGAAGGACAGAAGCUGUCUUGUGCACGACCGCCGUUUCGGAGGCUUUCCAGGUGCACACCCAAAGAACAUUCCCGGGGAUGGCCGAGUCAACCUACCUGACCCGCCACCUCAGCGACCAAGGAUGUCGAUUGCGUCUUCGAAAAGAUUCCCGCCAGGCCACAAACCGAAAGCGGCAGCUCACAUACAGUCUUGAGGCGGACCGUGCGCGUACGAGCGGCCCAUCGCCCAAGCGCCAACGUGCAGACGGAGUUGGCGAGGUGAUCCACGACGGGCUCCAGGCCCAGACAGCAUUGCAGUCCACAUCGGCAGCCGGCGGCGGAUACGUGGGGGGGUUUAGCCAUCAUCAGUACCAGAGUCCGUACCAGGGCGCCAGGCAGCUGAGUGGCAACAGGCAGCUGAACAGAAACAGACCCCCUCCUCCGCCCAUGGCCGUGACACCGAACUAUUCGACGGCUUCCAUGAUUUCGAACUACACGACAGCGCCCAUCGGAUCGAACUACACGACAGCGCCCAUGGGCUCGAGCAUGCCGACAACAUCCAUGGGGACUCAGUCAAUGGCGCCAUGGCCGGCCACGCCGUCAUCCGGCGGCCUGUCGGGCGCCGCUUCGUUGCCCUCGGUUUCGCCCACUCAGAGCCCCCCUGAUAUGGUCCAUCCUACUUCUUAUUACCGUCUCGACUCCUCCCUCAUUUUCUCGGGAGACACGACGGCGUACGAGGGAGAGGACGCACUGCCAGACGAGAUCUUCACGAGAGAGUACCCGAAAGAUAGCUUCUGGGCCAUGAUGGAAGAGCGGAGGCGGGCCGGCCACGGAACAGGCAACAUUGGCGCUUAG